UACACUGAUAAUCUUUCUCUCUUUGCAAUUUUUUCUUUUGUGAAAGAUCUGAUAUGGCUGAAGUAGUUGGUGGGGCGCUUCUCUCUGCUUUCCUUAAUCCUUUGGUGAACAAGUUAACUACAGAGAUGAAGGACUUCUUCAAAGGAAAAUAUGUGAUUCUCAAGCUGUUGAAGGAGCUCAAAACAUUGUUGUCCACAGCUGAUUUGCUGCUCAUUGAUGCUGAGGAGAAGCUCAUCAAAGAAGAGGCUGUGAAGAAGUGGCUUGAUGAUCUCAAGGACAUCAUUUAUGAUGCAGACGAUUUGGUUUACAUGAUCGAGACUGAAUCAUGGCGAAAUCAACAGGAAGGUGAAUCUCAUGAUGGUCGCGGCUGCAGUUGUACUAGUAGUAAGGUACUCAUGAAACUCAUCUUAUCAACAACUCCUUUAACUUCUUUUGAUAAAGACAUAAAAUUUGAGAUGGAGGAGACUCUAAGGAAAUUGAAACUUCUUUUAGAGAAUAAAGAUGUUAGUUUAGAGCGUUUGAAAAAGUAUAAGCUUCCAGUUAGAGCAUGUGCUCCUUUGUUAGAAGAAUCUAGUAUUUUUGGAAGGGAUGCUGAUAAAGAAGAGAUUAUGAAGUUGAUUCUUUCGGAUGAUAAGAUUGGGGAUGGUGGUGACAAGCUAUCUGUGAUCCCCAUUGUGGGGAUGGGCGGGAUUGGUAAGACUACUCUUGCUCAACUUGCAUACAGGGAUGACAGGGUCGACGAGAAGUUUGAUACCAAAGUAUGGAUUACUGUUGGAGAUGAUAAACUUGAUUGCAUGAAAGUGAUGAGAUUAAUUGUUGAGAAACUCACUUCUAAGAAAUGUGAAAUUGAGGAACCGUACGAUCUUCAAGAUGAAGUACAGAAGGCUCUGAGUAUGAAGAAAUUUCUAUUUGUUGUUGAUGAUGUAUGGGAUGAGGAUCCAACCAAGUGGGAUGUUCUAAACAAUUCUUUCAAAUCAGGAUUGCAUGGAAGUAAGAUCAUUGUGACAACACGUAGCACGAUUGUUGCAUCAAUUGUGAGAACAGAGUCAAUUUAUCAAUUAAAGGGGAUAUCUGAGGUUGUUGGAUGGCAGCUAUUUUCUAAACAUGCCUCAAUUGAUGUAGACUCAAAGGAAAAUGAUAUUGUUGAUCUUCAAGAGAUUGGAAGAAGAAUUGUUGAUAAGUGCAAUGGUCUUCCUCUCGCAAUAAAGUCAAUUGCCAAUCUCUUAAGAGGGAAACAUAAUAAGGAGGAAUGGGAGAACAUUCUUAGUGAUGAUAUAUGGGGAUUGUAUGAAAGAAAAAAUGAUGGUGUUCUUCCAGCUUUGUGGUUGAGUUACUUUUAUCUACCUUCUAAUUUAAAGCCUUGUUUUGCUUAUUGUGCUCGAUUUCCUAAAGAUUAUGAAUUCAAAAAAAAGGAGAUAAUCUUGUUAUGGAUGGCUGAAGGUCUUUUACAUUCUCAAAACAAAAAGAGUGUUGAAGAAGUUGGAGACGGGUACUUCCAAGAUCUAAUUUCAAGGUCAUUUUUUCAGCAAUCAAGUGCGAAUGAAUCGAUUUUUUUCAUGCACGAUCUUAUACAUGAUCUAGCAAUGUUUGUGUCCGGUGAGGUUUCUCCUAAGGUUCGCCAUCUUUGGGACUCAUCACAACAUGGUGAAGAAGCUAAUGAGCAUAAGAACUUUGAGGAGUUAUUUAAAGCCAACUGCUUCUUGCGCACCUUAUUAUUACACCGAUAUGUAUCAGAAAUUGUUGAGCAAGAUUGGUUGUCCAAAUUAGAGCAUUUGCAUGAAUCAUUCCCACGCUUAAGAGUACUAUCUAUAAAGAUGAAUUUUAUCACCAAGCUUCCUGAUUCAAUAGGAAAUUUGAAGUACUUAAGAUACUUGAAGUUAGAUUGUUAUGGUAUUAAAGAGAUACCUAAUACAAUUUGUAAUUUGUACAAUUUGGAGACAUUAUUGUUGAAGGAGUGUCGUCAUAUUACUCGAUUACCAACUGAUAUAGGAAAUUUAACAAAGUUGCGACAUCUUCGUGUUCACUUAUUUAUAAAAGAGAUGUCAUUGCAAUUUGGUAAGCUACAAAAUCUUCAAACACUUAAUAUCUUUUCAGUGGGAGAAAAUAAACAUUCUGGUGGCCUUGAGCUGUUGAAAGAUCUUCAAGAUCUACACGGGAGUCUUCGGAUUCAAGGAAUACAAAAUGUUAGUAAUGUUGAGGAAGUUUCAGAUGCAUCAUUAAAGAGUAAGAAGUUUCUUAACAAGCUAUCUUUGGUAUGGGAAGGUGAUAAUGAUCAUGACUUGGAUAAAAAAAGAGAGAUAUUGGGUGCCUUGGAACCUCAUCCAAGCCUAAAAGUACUUGAAAUUUUUGGCUACAAAGGCAACAGUUUUCCAAAUUGGAUUGGAGAUCAUCAAUUGCUAUCUUCUUUAGUAUUGUUAACAUUGGACUAUUGCCCUAAUUGUAGCUUCUUGCCAUCAUUGGGACAACUUCCUUCUCUAAAACACCUAGUCAUUGAGAAUUUAAAAAAUGUGGUGAGAAUAGGUUCAGAGUUUUAUUAUCCUACUUCUACUACAAUACAAAUACAAACAAAAAAGCCAUUCUUUAGAUCUUUGGAGACCUUGAGAUUUGAAGGUUUGGAUAGUCUCCAAGAGUGGUCAUUUAUUGAAGGUGGAGUUUUUCCAAGUCUCAAGAAACUUUAUUUCGAUAGAUGUAGAAGACUCAAAGUAUCAUUGUUUCCAGAUCAUUUUCCAUUGCUUAGAAAGCUUGUGAUUAGAGGAUGUGAGCAACUAUUGCCUAAUUUACUAGCUGGAAGUGCUGCUCACACCCCAUUUCCUAAUCUUGAGAAGUUGAAAAUGUUUGAUUGUGGAGGUCAAGAAUGCUUUCUAGAAGGGGGGUUGCCUUUGAGUUUAAAGAGCAUUGAAAUUAAAUGUUGUGACAAUCUCAAGUACUUAGAUGAGGGAGCCUUUCAGAGACUCAUUUUUCUUGAGAAAUUGGUAAUUUAUGGCUGUGAAAAACUCCAAUGCUUGCCUAAAGAAUUACCAGCUUCUCUUUCUCAUCUACACAUUCAGAUUUGUAAAUUGCUAACACGACGAGUCGAGAGGGAGACAGGGGAGGACUGGCCAGUCAUUGCUCACAUUCCCAAUAUCUAUAUUACAACUUAGAGAUGGAAAUAACUCCAUCCCCAAUAAAUAUGGAUGUGAAGAUUUCACAGAUUAAUAUAUUGUGUAAGUGUUUGCUCUAGCUCACGAGUCAGUAUUUGGAGUCUCCUAGUCGCGGUCAAGAGAGUUUAUGUUGGGACGUUAAUAUGAUAUUAUUGUGCGCUUUGGGCGUAAAUCUUCAUAUGUUAUUGUUCAUUUUUAUGUACUUAUGAUUUUUUUUAGCCAAUGCGAGACUUUAGUUGGAAAUCUGAUAAUUUAGUUUGAUGAAAAGAAAUAGUGUGAAGUAGAGAGCAAAAAACGCUUAAUUUGUUUGUUACUUUUUCCAUCAGUUUAGAAUAUUUUGAUAUUUUAUAUUCUCAUUUGGAAACAGCUUAACUUUAACUUUUCAGUACUUUCAUUAUUAAUUUACUUUGAUUGUCCAUUGCUUUUUUAUUAUUAUUAUUUUAUUUUUAUUUUUUGUGUGUGGAAAAUGAUUGAUAAU